AUGGCCUCCCAAGGAGUUGGUAAUGAAGAAACUGGGAUAGCCUCAGCAGGUGGUCCCCCAGCAAGCCAGGCGGAACCAGAGGUGAUAAAUAACUCUGUCUACCAGCCCAUUGAUGAAUUGCAAAAUCACCUGAAGGGGAAACUACAAGCCUUUGGGGCCGUCCAGAUCCUGAGUGGAGCAAUUAUUAUGGUUCUAGGUGUUUUUCUAGGUUCCUUAAGAAACAUAUUCCAUUUCUUCAGUGUGUUUUUCUUUAUCUUCUACACAGCCUAUCCACUGUGGGGCCCUAUAUUUUUCAUUGUUUCAGGAUCCUUAUCUGUUGCAGCUGGGAGAAAACCCACAAGAGCACUGGUGCAAAACACUUUUGGAAUGAAUAUUGCCAGCGCUACUGUGGCUCUAGUUGGGUUUGUUUUUCUCUCAGUAAAUUUAGCAGUUAAUAAGCAGUCUUUCAAGAACUGUGAAUCUUCACAGUCAUAGGACUUAUGCAUUUACGUGGGCAUCUUUUCAAACGGCCUGAUGUCCCUAAUGCUGAUCCUUACCUUGCUGGAAUUGUGCAUAAGCAUCUCUGUCUCAGCCAUGUGGUGCGUAGAAAGCUCACGUAAUUCGACUGAGGUGAUUUCCACUCCUUCUAAUUCUGUACAAGCAGGAAUGCCUCCUGAUGAAAAUAAGUCUGAGAGCAAGGAAAUUCAAGCUUAAAUCUCCAGUGAAUCAGAGCUUCAUCCAAGAACUUGGGAGGAUGGGAGCCUGCAAAACACAAUCCUGCUCUCUUAGGGCACCAAUCAUGAGAAACUUGAAUAUUUGACUCAAUUUUCUUCUGUUCCAAUUAUAAACCCCAUUAGUAUGUUUGGAUAUGGAAGGAAAAAUAUACUUCUUUAGACAUUCUUGGUUUUGUAACGUCUGUGAUCACCGCUCCAAAGUUGUUCGCAAAAUCAGUGUCUUUCUUCUUACCUACCUAUUCCACUGCCUAAUAAGGUUUA